AUGGUGUCUCAGCCUUCCAUCCCUCCAGCGCAGGAUCGAUGCUAUGAGGCUACAAUAGAGGCGGCUUUGAAGAGAGCCUUCGCAAGCGGAUCUUUGAAUCUUGCGAGUGCGGGGCUAACCACAGUUCCACAACAGCUGGAGAAGUUGGACACUUUCACACUAGACGGUGUGAGUUGGUGGCAGUGCAACAGUAUAGAGAAGGUCGACAUUUCCGGUAACGAAAUUCGCGAGAUACCCACAGGCCUCUUCGAGCACCUAUCCGACUGUCGAAGCUUUAACGCCAACGACAAUCGUCUCGAGUCGCUGCCCAUCGCCUUGUUGGGCUUGGCGAAAUUAAAAUCUCUACUUCUGAUUCGGAACAAGCUCACAAUUUUCCCGACUUCCGAAUCUCCGAGCUCUCUUGUUGAACUGCGGCUUUCACACAACAACUUGUGUGAACUACCGCGAGGCUUUGCAGAUGCCCUCCCUAAUCUGCAAGCUCUAUCCAUCGACCACAACCGUCUGGUGAACCUCGAUGAGCCUCUACCCACUCAGCUCAGAGUCUUGCUUGCGAGCAGCAAUGAACUUGUGUCAAUCCGAGGUGUCGGGGGCGGCCUCGGUUUCCUCGAGGAGCUUGACCUCUCGAAGAACAGCCUCACCGUCAUUUCCGAUCUACGUUGCUGUAGCCAACUUAGCAGUGUCGACCUUAGUCAUAACAAGCUGGUGCAUUGGCCAAGCCUUGGGGAGAAGGUGCAUACGCUAGCCUUUUCUUACAACUCCCUCGAGUCGCCCCCUGAAGCUGCUCUUCUACCUCCUGCUCUCGUCACAUUGUUACUAGAUAACAAUAAAGUGAAGGCCGUGCCUGGGGGUGUGUUCGCUCUUGAUAAGCUCAAGACGCUAGACAUGAGCAACAAUGAUAUCUCGAGAGUACCAAGCGAACUUGGCCGCCUCCCCUCGCUGACCAAAGUGGCGUUGGANNNNUUAGACACUCUUCUGCGUCUUGUUAUGAGCCACAACGUCCUGAAGACUAUUGAUGCGCUGAAUUACCCGGUCCUGCAAGAGCUGGAUAUCAGCAAUAAUAAGCUGACUAAGCUACCUGUGGAAAUCUCCCUACCACAACUUGUCCAAUUUGAUGCAAGUUGUAACCGGGAGCUCAUCAGCCUGCCGAAGAGUCUGCUGACGGGCUGCGCAAAACUGCGGGAGCUGAGAGCUGGCAACUGCUGUCUGCACAGUUGGGACUUCCUGCCGGACCCUGAGCACCCGCAUCUUGAGGUCUUAGACUUGUCAAAUAACCGAUUCACAGAUAUCCCAACGGACUUGGUCCCGACCCGCUUACCUGGUCUGCAAACUCUCCUGCUCGCCAACAACGCCAUAGCGACAUUACCUCCUUCUCUUGGUCGGGCUACAGCCUUGAGGAGCCUUACUUUGGAGGGCAACCCUAUAAGGUCUGUUCCACAAGCUACUAUUCGCCAAGGCGCGUCUGCUAUACUGAACUGCUUACGUAAGCGUUAUCUGCCUAUGGUCGAAGGUGGUCCCCAGGAGGGCACUGAGCAAUCUGACGGCAAUAGGGACAACCUUGAGAAGGAGGUUGAAUCGCUGGAAAGCAGACUAGCCGUAGGUGGGCAUUCUCAAGCUGUGGAGUACAGUCUGAAGAAGCAGCUCGCCGUAGCACGAGCACGACUGAAGCGCCUCUUGAGGACUACAACCGCGGCGACUCAUGAACCUGUGACUUAA